CUUCAUAUUUUAUUGUUUUUUUCAAUUAUUGAUGCAAGGAUAGACAUUCAAGACAGUGAUGAAGAAAACAUAGAAUUGCCCAUCUUUGAUAUGGUCACCAUUGUAGGGGCAACUAACAACUUUUCUGAUUCAAAUAAAAUUGGAGAAGGGGGUUUUGGCUCUGUUUACAAGGGUCAUCUAUCAACUGGAAAAGACAUAGCUGUCAAGCGACUUUCGAGGGACUCCAAACAAGGUCUUAAGGAAUUCAAAAACGAGGUUAUUUUGAUCGCUAAACUUCAACACCGUAAUCUAGUUAGGCUGUUGGGAUGUUGCAUCCUCGGAGAAGAACGAAUGCUGGUUUAUGAGUACAUGCCUAAUGGAAGCUUGGAUUCCUUCAUUUUUGGUUUGCCCAAUAAACCUUCCUCUCCCUUUUUUUCUUCCUAUGAAGGCAUGCUCGAUCAAUUGGAAAGUAUAUUUUACAGAACUUUCUCUCAUUAUAUGACCAAGAAAAUGAAGUAG